AUGCCACUACAAUUGGAUACCGUGGAGGUGAACGCUAAGAAUGAGUCGGCUUUUGACUUUGAAGAGGUACAGCUUCAGUUCCAGCUAGAAUCUGAAAUCUGCAAAUUGCUAGUGAGAAACAACCACGUUAAUCUAGUAUUGAAAACGGGGGUUGUUCACAUAAUUAACUUGGACGAUCCUGAAGUGGUGAUUGAUAUUCAAUUGCCAUUAGGUAAAGAAAAUCAGCUGAGGGAUGCGUGGAUUGAUAGUCACGGACAUCACUUAAUACUGCAAAGCACGAAGAAUGAAUACUACUACAUUAAUAACUCUUCGGCUACUUAUCAUGUUUUGAAUAAGCUAAAAAAUUUGAACAUCACCUCGAUCAGUUUCUUUGAAGAGUGUGUUGGCAAAGAUACUACAGGACACAUUCUUUUAUCGACCUCUAAUAGCUUGUUGUUGGAAUACGCUAUAAGCUCAAACAAAGAGGUAUUCUUAAAAACCAUACUGAAAAACAAAUAUUGCAUAACUCAUAUAUUGAAUACUGCAACUUCUCAUGAAAGUGGAAUUGCCUCGUACUCCAUAAAUUUAUUUACCACUGAAAACAGCAUUUUGAAUCUGAAGGUGAAAGUACCCUUGGAGCCCACAAGUAAUGUUUCUGUUUUUCAAAGCUUGGCGAAGAUAGAGCCUCUGAUAAUUAAGCACGGUGGUAUAUCAAAUAUCUCAAAUGAUAUGAAGUAUCUUGCAUAUAGUGAAUCGAGUUCCAACGGCUCAAAAAUACACAUAGCGGAAGCAGACAUAAAAAAUCAAAAGUCGUUCAACCCCUCAUCUAUCGUUUUAGAACAUCUGAGAAUAAACACAUUUAUCUUGACCGGAUACUUUAUUCUGGUACUUUCAGCUAAUAACCAUUUGGAGAUAUAUAACCAGCUUAAUCUGAAACAUUUGAAGUCAAUAUCUUUGUCCUACCUUGACCAGAAAAUGCAAGGCAUUUCUUUUGAUCGACUAGCAAGAACUUUUUGGCUUUAUUCUGACCGCCAUUUGUACGAGUUAAUCGUGAAUUUCAAAACCUCUGGAAUAUUCACCACAAUGAUACAAAAACAUAUGUUUGACGAUGCAUUAUCUCUUUUACCUGAUGAUAAAUCUGCUGAAACUCGUAGAAGAAAAAACUACAUAUUGAAAAAGAAAGGUUAUUAUUUUCUUGAAGAGCAUAAUUAUAAAGAAGCGGUAAAACUCUUAGCCCAAACCGAUGAAUCAUUUGAUAAAGUUGCUUUGAAACUCUUUGAUUUACCUGAUAAAGCAAUAUUAAGGUAUUAUUUGACCGUUAAGCUUAGAUGUUUGCCAAAUAGCAUGAAAAGUCAAAAAAAAAUUCUUACUAGUUGGAUUGUGGAAAUCUUUAUUGAACAGCUAAAUACACUUGAAACUAAAAUUUUACAUAGCCAUAAAAAAAACACAAUAUUGUAUACCUUUUUUUCCGAAAACCUCAGUUCUUUUGACAAAGAGACAAUCUAUCAGAUUAUAAUUGUACACAAUAGAAAGGAAGAUCUCUUGCAUUUUGCCAAACUGAUCAAUGAUUUUCAGUUUGUUUUAAAGUAUUACAUAACCCUGCAAAUGUGGAACGAAUCGCUAAAUGUUUUGGCAUCUCAGCAAGACCCUGAACUUGUAUAUAAAUGUGCAACAGUUUUAUUGGUGAAUCACCCAGUCAAAACUAUUGAUACCUGGGUGCGUUUAAUCGACGAUUUGAGCGAACUAAAGCUAAUACCUUCACUACUGACGUACAACAAGACCGUGGCAUUCCCUCAACAAAUCAGCCCUGAGCACAAUCAGUCAUUACGAUUUUUGAAGUUUUUGAUUUAUGAAAAAAAUGUUUCUAACAGAAUUGUGCAUAAUACGUUUUUCUCAAUUUUAAUAACUUAUCCUAACACACACAAUGAAAACUUAAUACUCAAACAGCUAGAGAGCUACCAAUCGUUUAGGAAAAAAAAGUUCAGGAAAUUUGAGAAAGGUGAAACCUUUUUCGAUUACGACUAUAUUUUAAGGCUUAGUUUCAAAUUUCACAAAAUUCAGUCAGCAAUAUUUAUUUACUCUAUUUUGGGCAAAGAUGAGGAAGCUGUUGAUCUUGCACUCGAUAACGAUUUGAUAGAUGCUGCAAUUUUGGUUGCUGAUAAACCUAAUGAAAAAGAUGAAUAUCAGAGGAAAGAGCUAUGGCUGAAGAUAAGCGAGAAACUUAUAUCCAAGGUAGUGGUAAAUAAAGAGUACAUUAAACAGCACCAAAACAUGUUUUACGAUGAUCGUGUGCCAACUGCUGAAGAAGAAAAUGAGGAUCCUGUUUAUAUUUUACUACGGUUUUUGACUGAGAAAUGUGAUGCAUUGGCGAUUAAGGACUUAUUACCUCUUUUCCCAGAAUUCAUAGUCAUUGAUAACUUCAAAGAAUCUCUAAUUGAGUCACUAAAAAAGCUAUCUCUAGAGAUGAACAAGGCUGCAGUUGAGAUGGAUAACACUUUGAAUGAAUCAGACAAGAUAAAUCAAAAAAUCAAAGAUUUCCAAAGUACAAACUUUCAAAUUAUUGAACCCUUUGAGUCAUGUCAAUUAUGUCAUAAAAUAUUGGCUAUUAGGAAGUUUAUCGUGUUUCCGUGUUCCCAUGCAUUCCACCAGGAUUGUAUGGUGAAGAAUAUUUUGGAAUCUAAUGAUUACAAAGCUAAAAAUUCAAUCUAUAAAAUACAGAAGAAAAUAUUGAUGAACAAUAAAAACGCUUCUGUUAUAGAAGAUUUGAAGCUAGAAAUCGAUCACCUACUUUCAAGGUCCUGUUGCUUGUGUUCGGAUAUGAAGAUAAACGAGCUUGACGAACCAUUUAUUAAAUCGGGGGAUAUGGAAAGAGAUGGCUGGAAUAUAUAG